AUGGCUGUUUCAUAUGAAGGGAUGGGUCUUGCAGCCCAUCAGUUCUCCGGUCAGAAAUUGCCUCUUUUGCAGGCUGCUGUGGAGUGGUUUGGGGUUUGUGAGGGUGUCCUGGAGGAGGUGCAGGGUGGUUGGGAUGGUGGCAGUGGGGUGCUGAUGUGUGAGGAAGAUGGUGAUCCGUUUGUGGAGUACCAUCGUCGUCCUGAUCAUGAUUAUGAUGGGGAAGAUGGUAGAAAAUGGGAUGAGGAAGAGGAAGAGAUGCUGUUCUCGGGGGAGAGUGACAAUAGCUUCGAUUAUACCAACACCACUAUCUCGACGUAUAGUGAGGUGUCGUUUUUCGAUGACGGUGGAGAGGGAAUUGAGGAUGGGGAUGAGCGUGGUCUUGUUCCUUCACCAUUGAAGGUGCGGAAGGUGUCUGGGGAGUCGGUUGGAGGUAGUAGCUCUCUGCAGGGUUCCGAGGGUGAGAACCAUGCUAUGGGUGUGGCUAAGGCAGGAGUUGGGGUUUCGUUGCCAUUGCCGUUGAGGAUCGCUGCCCCCACUACUUCUGCGUCUAUCUAUACAGGUCCCAAGAAGGAAGUUGGUAUACAAAUGUGGCAAUCAGUCAAGACACCAGCUUACAAAGGCGAACUACAGACCAACACAACAAUCGUUUUCCUCCGUCAGCAGGUUACUUCAAGUAUUACCACGCUGCAUAGAAUGAUCACGGACGUGGCUGAGAUGCAGUAUGCACGGCGCAUGUCCAAGGGCAUGCGACGAUCCGGAUCCUUUUGGAGCUUUAGUCCGGUCAAGGAGAAGCAUGUUGCUGAUGGCGAUGACAUUGGAAGGGAAAAGUCUUCGUUUGGGGUCAAGGAGAGUACAGAGCAACGAAUUGCGAGAUUGCGAAGGGAUGGAUGGCAGACGGUGGGAAUCCGGGGACAGAGAAGUGGAUGGAAGGGGGAGGGCUAUUAUCGGGAGUAUUGUGAGCGAGUGUUGGAUGAAUUGUAUUUGGGAAGAUCUUGA